GGGUAGACUAGUGGCUCAGAAAAUGAAUAAACCCGUUAACCAUACUCUCUAUUGCACUGCCUUCUUUAAAUACGCUUUCCCAUCCUCUCCAUUGCACUCAAAGGAAUUGUCUUGUUUAUUCAUUGUACAGAAUAGUUCUCUCUGUGAAACAGCUCUUUCUCUUGUAUUAGUUUGAAGAUUUGUUAAAAUGGGUGUGAGAAUAGUGAAAUCUUUGGCUGGAUUUUUGUUGGUGCUGAAUUUGUGCAUGUAUGUGACUGUUGCUGCCAUUGCUGGCUGGGCACUCAACAAUGCCAUUGACCAUCAUUAUGUUACUGGACCCAAAAGUAGCAUACCAGUGGGCUUCUCAUUUUCACCAUUGUUUUUCCCCAUAGGGAAUGAAGCCACUGGUUUUAUGGUCAUAUUUUCCCUGAUAGCAGGAGUUGUAGGUGCAGCUUCGUGUGUUUCAGGGCUCCAUCAUCUUCGAGUGUGGACAGCAGAGAGCUUGGCUUCAACUGUUUCAUCCGCCAUGACUGCUUGGGCUCUUACUCUUCUUGCCAUGGGGUUGGCAUGCAAAGAGAUCCAUUUACAUGGCAGAAGCCCAAAGCUGAUCACUUUGGAAGCUUUCAUCAUUAUUCUGUCGGCAACAAAAUUGUUUUACAUGAUGGCCAUCCAUGUUGGGUUCUUUGCUGGAAAUUACUUUUUCUGUAGAGAGAAAAAUGUUGCCACGACUACUGCAGAGCCUGUAAAAGAAAACACACUUCCAGCUUAGAAAAUGAAGUUCAAUGUGGGACGAAUGUUUGGUCUGGCUUGGGCUUUCAAUGCCUAUUAUUGUAAGAUUGUGUAGAAGAGAGAAAUUGUAUGCCUUUUGCUAUUUAUAAGCAUGUUCUGAUGUGAGAUUCUUUUAUUCAAAUUGUGAUGUAUGAGUUGCAAACUUUUGUUUGAGGUGUAAGUGGAAAGUACAAUUUAUACACAUUGGAUCGGCUCCAUUUGAGAAAAAGAUUUAGAUGCCAACAAUAUGAUUCAUUUUA